ACCGCUGGUCUCAGGAGGACAUGCUGACUCUGCUGGAGUGCAUGAAGAAUAACCUGCCUUCCAACGACGGGAGCAAGUUCAAAACCACCGAGUCCCACCUGGAUUGGGAGAAAGUGGCUUUCAAGGACUUCUCGGGAGAGAUGUGCAAGAUGAAGUGGAUGGAGAUUUCUAACGAGGUGAGGAAGUUUCGGACCCUCACGGAGCUCAUUAUGGACGCCGAAGAGCACGUGAAGAAUCCUUACAAGGGCAAAAAGCUCAAGAAACACCCCGACUUCCCCAAGAAGCCCCUGACUCCAUAUUUCCGCUUCUUCAUGGAGAAGCGGGCCAAAUAUGCCAAGCUUCACCCCGAAAUGAGCAACCUGGAUCUCACCAAGAUCCUGUCCAAGAAAUACAAGGAGCUUCCCGAGAAGAAAAAGAUGAAAUACAUCCAGGACUUCCAGCGAGAGAAGCAGGAGUUUGAGAGGAACCUGGCGAGGUUCAGGGAAGAUCACCCGGAUCUCAUCCAGAACGCCAAGAAAUCCGACGUCCCUGAAAAACCCAAGACCCCCCAGCAGCUGUGGUACAACCACGAGAAGAAGAUCUACUUGAAAGUGCGUCCAGAUGCCACCACGAAGGAGGUGAAAGAGUCGCUGGGCAAGCAGUGGUCUCAACUCUCGGAUAAAAAGAGGCUGAAAUGGAUUCAUAAGGCCCUGGAACAGCGGAAGGAGUACGAGGAGAUCAUGCGUGACUACAUCCAGAAGCACCCCGAGCUGAACAUCAGCGAGGAGGGCAUCACCCGCUCCACCCUCACCAAGGCUGAGCGCCAGCUCAAAGACAAGUUUGACGGACGACCCACAAAGCCACCUCCGAAUAGCUACUCCCUGUACUGUGCAGAGCUGAUGGCCAACAUGAAAGACGUGCCCAGCACCGAGCGGAUGGUGCUGUGCAGCCAGCAGUGGAAACUGCUCUCCCAGAAGGAAAAGGACGCGUACCACAAAAAGUGUGAUCAGAAAAAGAAAGACUACGAGAUUGAGCUCCUCCGCUUCCUGGAGAGCCUGCCCGAGGAGGAGCAGCAGCGGGUGCUAGGCGAGGAGAAGAUGCUGGGCAGCAACCGGAAAGGGGCGACGAGUCCUGCGUCCAAAAAGUCCUCACCAGAGACUGGCAAGGUGAGAGUGGCAACUGGAGAGAUGGGGCGACCAUGCCGGAGACACGGGGUGGAGUUCCUGGCAUCUCAGGGUGCUCUGAGGGCUUGGGCUUGUGCCCGGGUGGACUUGUGCCCGCGUGGCCUUGCUGCCCCUUCACCCCCGCCGUGCACCCCUGCGCAGGCCAAGUACAAAGCGCGGGAGGCGGCGAUGAAGGCGCAGUCGGAGAAGAAGCACGGCUCAGAUAAAGAAGAACGCGGGAAGCUGCCCGAGUCUCCCAAAACAGCUGAGGAGAUCUGGCAACAGAGUGUCAUCGGAGACUACCUGGCUCGUUUCAAGAACGACCGGGGUAAGGCGCUGAAGGCCAUGGAGGCCACUUGGAACAACAUGGAGAAGAAGGAGAAGCUGAUGUGGAUCAAGAAAGCAGCGGAGGAUCAGAAGCGGUAUGAGAGGGAGCUGAGCGAGAUGCGGGCCCCUCCGUCCUCCGCCAACUCUGCCAAGAAAAUGAAGUUCCAGGGAGAGCCGAAGAAACCCCCCAUCCUCUCGCCCCAGGAGCGGGCUGCGUACAAGGAACACACUUCCAACAAACGCAAGAGCAUAGGGAAGAUCCGGGGCCCCAACCCCAAGAUGAAGCCAACGAUGCAGUCCAAGUCGGAGUCAGAGGAUGAAGACGAGGAG